CCCACUUCCACUGCGGGUUCCCUCGCACAGGCCUGGGGCCGCCUCAGUGGCUCGCGCCCAGUGUCCUGCCUCCCGCCCCGCGCCCUCUUAAGCCCCUCCCCCCUCCCCAGGGAGUGUCUCGAGGAUUUGGGGCUAGGGAAAGGAGGGGGAUGAAGCCGGCAGUGACGGCAGUGAGGCAGAUCUAGCUCACCGCGACUAGGAACGCUUAGGGAGGGAGGGUGCGCAGACUCCCGCGCCCCAGACCCCUGCCGGGCUUGCGGACGCUCAUUGGCCGCGCAUCGUUCACACACUUUCGCGCCCUCCACGGGGAGGCUAGAGCGCGACCAAUAGGCUUCCGCAGUAAGAGAGCUGCUGCCCAAUGAGACCAAAGGGACUCGGGACCUCUCGUUCAUUGGCCAGAAGGGCAGAGACCACUUGCCCAGAGACCAUUUUUGCCCCGAAAGCGGAAUUCCUGGCUGGAGGCAAAGAUCACCCCAAAGUCGCAAGUUCCUGUGAGUGACUGGUGACUGACGGCGGAAUUUGGGACGAACUCUUUUAUUCGGUGAGUCACCCCUUUGGUCAUGGAGCUGAUUUAGAGGUUUGAGAAAAUCCACUGACAGGGACACGAUACAGAAAAAUUUCAGGCUGGGAAAGAUGGGGCAUAAAAAACCCGUAAGGCUGGAUAGUAUCAUCCUGAAAGGACUGAGGUUUGUCCCUGGAAACUAAAAAAAAAAAAAGAUGUGCAUUUCUUCUGCAGUGCCCAAGGGGAGAGCAUGUUCUAAUUUUUAAAACUGAUGUGUUUUAUAAGACCCAACGUUAAUGUUACGAAAAUGUUUUCUAAUAAGUUCAGCCUCUCCGUGUCUGAAUUCUGUGUGUAGCAAACCAUGUCAAAUGUGUUUUCCUGAGUGAGCUGAGCUGCUUUCCACGGUAAAAUAAGUGACACGUGGUGAUUAUGUUCUCCAUCGUGUUCAUCAUUAAGAGCACUGAAGCCAUCUACAUUCACAUAGCUUGCCAACUACAUUAAUAUGAUUUAUCUACUGUUUUCAUCAAAAUAAAUUUACUCUCCCAGCAAAGUUUUGCCCAGGAACAUGAAAGUUGCAAAUAUCUUUAUUGUUUAUUCCAGGAACUUCCUCAAAGACCCAAGCACUCUUCAGUUGAAAUCCUCAAAGUACAGUUGGCAUCCCAAACCUUGAAAAUCCUUGCCUUGUUACCCACCAAUUCCAAACUGUCACCCAGUGCUUACUCUAUCCUAAGCAAUUCCCCACAUUAAAGACUUGAUUUAAGCCAGACGUCAAAAUCUCAAUAAAUAGCCCAACCUUGCUCUCCUCCUUCUGAAAUGCUACCAAAGUUCUGUGAAGCUAUUUCUUCCCCAAACCUCAAGAAGCAAGUAAGCUUAGCUUUGUCUUAUCAACAGGUAGUUCUGCUGAGAUUUCUGGGAGCCAGCAUUUGACAUCCUUUGAAGCCCCAGCAAACACCUAGUCAGUUUCUGCUGCCACAACUCCGGAUCUGUGUAGUCCUGAGGUCCCAUUAACUUUCUCUCCAGCGCUCUCUGAACUCAAAGAUGAGAACAGCGGAGCGUGAGGUUCAGCCCCAGCUUGCUUUUUGUUGAAGGUCCCCCAAGGGCUGAGUUUAUUUUGUCCCUGGGAGUAAAGAAAUCUUUUAAGGAAUCCUCGUGAUUAUCUGGCCUAAACUUUAGAAGGUCUACGCUUGAAAAUCCGCCUUAUUAACAAUACAGUUGGUCUCUACCGCCGUCAGUUGUGGCUGUACUUGUGUCAGAGAAAAGUUCAUAGGGAAGAGAAUAGGCGCUGACUCCCCUAAGUCUGGCCCCUCCACUGGCAGUGGGGAUGAAGUUCGGAAGGUUUCCUUACAGGCUGGAGGGACUGAGACAAACACGCUUUCUAAUAGUUUAUUCUGGGGGCCCCCACCCCCAACAGCCAGGCCCGUUUCCGGGGUGUCCAAAGAAGCGAAGUCGCAGAGACGGCGGUGGAAAGAGGUGGGUGCAGGCAGAGGCAGAGGCUGUUAGAAGCCGGGCGGACAUAAAAGAGUAAAGAACCCAGCAGUGGGCGGAGCAGCGGGUCGCGAAAGGCGGGAAAAGUUCUAGAACCUCAGCCCUGCCUCCCGCGGGUAGAGCCCGCCGAGCUAUCCCUGGCGCCCCUCCCCGGCGGGCUUCCAGCCGAAGCUCCUAGGCCUUGGUUUCCUCCAAUAAGCACCGAUCGCGGAAGGGCGCUGGAUUCGGGUGCCGAAGGCCUGCGGAGGGGCAGGAAAGCGGAAGCGCACGCGCGCCUGCAGGUUCUCUGCCAUUUAACAAUUGUGAAAGAUAGAAGGAAAAAUACCCCUUUAAACAAACAGACAAACAAAACCAACAGACGAGCAGAAACGAAACUUCCUGACUCUUCCCAGCUCUGAAGACACAACUCUUGAACCUUUGGGAAACUAGUGUUUUGGCUGAACUGUCGAUUCAUCUUUAAGCCACCAUGAGCCCUACAAAGCGCAGAUCACAGAAGAUUGCAUUUGAUGAAAAGCGUAAUAUGAAAAUUGAUCACUAUUUUCAUCAGGUCAAUAAAGAACAAGAGAGUCAUUCCAGUAUUUCUCCAAUGAAGAGGGGCUCUAAAAAAGGUCCAAAAGAUAUAACUAACAUCCAGGCACUAGGACCCAAAGACCAGACUGUGCCCCCCAACAAGACAAUUUACAUUACCUUGGCUUUAAACCCCAGGAAACACAAGCUCACACAUAGUGAAGAGAAGAGCUUCUAUGCGGCCCUCAACACUCUCAAGGCUGUCAAGGAGGAGAUAGAAACUCAGCAGGGCAAAGAAAUGCUGGCGGUUGGCAAAGAAGGAAUUGAAGGGUACAUAAAUCUUGGAAUGCCCCUCAGUUGUUUCCCCGAGAGCUGCCAUGUACAAAUCACAUUUGUCCGAAGUAGAAGUAAGCAGAAAGAAGGGAACCAGGUAUUUGGCCGGCAUGAAAAGGCAUCCGCUGACUGUGUCAAAUUUUAUAUUCACGCAAUCGGGAAGAGAAAGAAAAGGAUCGUCAAACGCAGGCAGCUUCACAAAGAAGGGUGCAAACUCUGCGUCUAUGCUUUUAGAGGAGAAACCAUCAAGGAUGCUCUGUGCAAGGAUGGCAGGUUUCUCUCCUUUCUGGAGAAAGAGGAUUGGAGGCUCAUCAGAAACCUGGACUCCAUUCUAGAAAGCACACAGACCGUGGACGACCUGGAAGGCAAGCUCUUUGAGGUUGAGGUAGAGAAAGGAAUGAGCUCCAGGGCAGUAGCCGCUCAAAAGUCGGAAUCAGAGAAAGGAAACACCAGUGUGCUGAGAGAAGAAAUUGUGGAUCAGUACCCCAGUUUGAAAAGAGAAAGCGAAAAAAUCAGAGAAAACUUCAAGAAAGAAAUGAAAAGUAAAAAGAGCAAAACCUCAUUAUUUAAGUUACUUAAAGUAAAGUUUGGGAAAAUGACGAGAAACUCCACCCCGAUCAGAGUGCACAACUUUCUUUCUCUUGUCGGUAACUCAGUGGGGUACCUGUCAUGGGACAACAAUGGAAAUAAGGGUUGUGCCACCUGCUAUGUUUUCAAAGAGUUGUACAUUUUCACCUGUCGACACGUAGUAAGUGACUUUAUGGGGGAAGGAAUAGAGCCAAGUAAGUGGGCAGACGUGAUUGGUCAAUGCGCAAGGGUGACAUUUCGUUAUAACAGCUUCCCCGAGAAAGAUGAGAACUGCUUUUUCCUUGAACCGUGGUUUGAGAUAUCUGAUGCCACCCUUGAUUAUGCUGUUCUGAAACUGAAGGCAAAUGGACAACAAGUACCUUUGGGACUCUAUAGUAGAAUUGCUUGUGCACCAUCUGCUGGGUUGAUAUACAUCAUUGGCCAUCCAAAUGGAGAGGAAAAGUCUAGUGAUGCUUGUACAGUGAUCUCUCAGGGUCAGCGAAAAAAGAAAUAUGAGGAAUAUCUUCAGGCUGGAAAGGGAGAGGGUUGCAGUUAUGGGAUGCAAUACAUCCAUAUGUGCACUCGAAAAACCUUCGAGGAAAUAGCUCACAGCCCUGAUGUGAUUACCUAUGACACCUCUUUUUACUUUGGGGCUUCUGGCUCCCCAGUGCUUGAUUCAGAAGGUUCAUUGGUGGCCAUGCAUACUGCUGGCUUCACUUGUGAUAACGAAAUUGGGUUAUCAUCUCAUGUCAUUGAAUUUGGCUCUACUCUGGAAUCCAUCCUCCUUGAUAUUAAGGAAAAUCACAGACAGUGGUAUACAGAAGUAUGCGUAAGUCCGCAAGAUGUAGAAAUGGUGAGCGAUGAGGAUUGAGGAUGGUGAGAAUUAAGUUUGUUUACUAGCUUUAAGUUUGUUUAAGCUUUAGCCACUUUUCUAAGCACGUGAAGACUAAUCCUAACAGGUGGGCCAUUAUCCCUAUUUUAAAGUCAAGUAACAUGAAUGACGAUGAGAUUAUGACACUAACUCUAGUGUAACUGCUGUGGGGUUUUCCCCCCCAUUUCUGUGUCUUCCUGUAAGUUCAGUUGCUUGAAGGAAGGACAUUCAAUUAUGAGUGUUCAUCUCAUUAUCCCCAGUGUCUGGAAGAGGCAAGUAAGUGCUUAGAAAACGUGUGGGUCCGUCAGUAGCACAACUUAGGGCUACUGUUAAUCUUAAGUAAGGAACUAAAUGCUUGAUUGGAAAUAAUUUCAAACAAAAUCUUUAGAAUUUCCAAAAUCCUCGUAUUACUGAAACUCAGGAUAUAUGUGUUCUGAAACUCACAGGGUAAUAUCCACUCUUUUUAUAGGCUAUUAGGGCAAAGAGACUAUCUGAAAGAUCAUAUUGCUUUAUUCGUAUGCCCUUAGUUUUUACCUAAUGACCUUUUUUGUUUUAGGAUCGCAUGCGUGUUGCAUUUAGUUGUUAGGUCUCCUAAGGCUCCUUCCUUGUGGCUGUUGCAGGUUCUCAGGCUUUGACCAGUGACCUUGACAGUUAGUAAGAGUACUGGUCAGGUAUUUUUGUGGGAUGUCCUUCUAUUGGAAUUUGUCUGGUAAUUAGGCUGUGGUUGUGGGGUUUGGAGAGUAAAACCAGUGGGGCAAAGUACUUUUUCACUAUAUUGUAUCAAGGGUACAUAGUAUCCACCUGAGUUAUGAUUUGGUGUUGCCUUUGAUAACCCUAGCCAAGAUAAUGUUUAUCAGGUUUCUCUACUGUAAAUUUACUCCUUUCCCCUCCUUUCUAUAAUGUACUUUUUGGAAGGAAGUUUUAUUCACAGCCCACACCUAAGGAGUGGGGCAUCCUUCUUCUCUUCCUUAUGUAGGGAACUCCUGGAGUCUCUACAUAAUUUAUUCAGCAUGGGAGAUUUGCUUCUUCUUUCCUAUUUAUUGUACCAGUGUGGACUCAUAGAUACAUGUUGAGUUAUAAUCCAAAUUACUUUGUUGUAUUUCUCAGAUUGUUCCUGCUUUGGUCAUUGGGAGCACUUUCAUUUGGCUCUGGUGCCCUCUUUGACAUAUUCCCAAGAGUGUGUUGUGUUUGUUUCCUGGGUUUUCUAAGCACUUUUUUAUGUUGUGGUCCUACGAGAUGCUCUGGGCUCCUCUUGUGUAUUACCUGACCCAGUCGCAUCAUCAGCCAUUUCUCCUAGGAGCCUUUGGUUACUUUUAUUGGAGAAGUGUAUUUUAAAUCAAGAUCUGGGCACUAGGUAUGCUUUUGCGAGUGGGAUAUUAUUUCUUCUACGCCUGCUCAGCAGACAAAGCAAAGGAAUAUGUGUGUGUAUAUUAACUCCUGUAUAGUCAGGCUCCCCAGCUUAUUCUUGGUUUCACUUUCUGGGGCUUCAGUUACCUGGGGUCAACGGCAGUCAAGAAACCAAUGAUCUUCCUUCUGACUUAUCGCCAGAAGGUCAAUGGUAGCCUAAUGCUGCAUCACAAUGCCUAUGCCAUCCACCUCCCUUCGUCUCGUCAGGUAGGCAUUUUACAUCAUCAUAACGAGAAGAGGGAAGAGUACAGUACAAUAAGGGUAUUUUGAAAGAUAGACAGUAUUUACAUAGCUUUUAUUAUAGUACAUUGUUAUAAUUAUUCUAUUUUAUUAUCAGUUAUUGUUAAUCUCUUACUGUGCCUAAUUUAUAAAUUAAACUUUAUCAUAGGUAGGUGUGUACAGGAAAAAGCGUAUCUAUAUAGGGUUUGGUACCGUCCCCUAGGGGAUCGUGGGAUAUAUACCCUGCAGAUGAGGGGUGGGAGGAACCACUGCAUAUAUGCACAUCUACAAACAUUUCUUUAAAACAAUUUUUUUUAAUGUUUAUUCAUUUUUGAGAGAAAGAGACAGAGUAUGAGUUGGGGAGGGACACAGAGAGAGAAGGAGACACAGAACCUGAAGCAGGCCCCAGGCUCUGAGUUGUCAGCACAGAGCCCAACGUGGGGCUCGAACUCAUGCCCUGUGAGAUCAUGACCUGAGCCAAAGUCGGAUGCUCAACCAACUGAGCCCCCUAGGUGCCUUUCUACAAACAUUUCUGUAUGUAACUGCCUGUAUGUACAGUAAGUUAAACAUUCUUACCGAUGUCUCCAACUCCAGUACCACCUGGAUCAUUUUUGCCUCCUACCUUGGCCAUCUAUGAAGUCCUAGUCCAACAGUGAGAAACGUGGCUCCUACCAUCCCCCACCCAUUUACUUAAUUGCUUAAUUCAGUUUUCAUGCAUAGCGGUAUCAGAGUUGUUCACCUGCAGCAGGACAGGAAAAAAGUACAGUGUGUGUUUAGUCUUACAGACCCACUUCCAAAGUUCCUGGGGUCAGCACCUUUUCUGCCACGCCCUUCAGUGAGGUGUUUUUGUACAUUUGUAGUGCAGUUAGAUUCUCUUGUCAAAGUCUCCAUUCUUUCAUCUCUCAACCUAAGUGACUUUUAAAAUUUGCAUACAUUAAGGUUCACUCUUCAUGCUGUAUGUUCUGUGGGUCUUAACAAGUGCAUAAUGUCAUGUAUCCAGCAUUAUGAUAUUAUACAGAAUCAUUUUACCAUCCUAAAAGUCCCCUUUGCUUCAGCUGCUCAACCCUGCCACUCCCCUGAACCAGUGGUGAUCACUGAUCCUUUUACUGUCUUUAUAGGUUUGCCUUUGCCAGAAUGUCACUUAAGUGGAAUCAGAUAGUAUGUAGCCUUUUCAGCUUGACUUCUUGCACUGAACAAUAUUCCACUAAGCUUCCUCUGCAUCUUUUCGUGGCUUGAUAGCUCAUUUAUUUUUUUGCCACUGGAUAAUAUUCUGUUCUAUGGAUAUACCACAGGUUGUGUAUUCAUUCACCUUUUGAAAGAUACCUUUUGCUUCAGUGUUUGGUGUAUAUGAAUAAAGCUGCUGUAAGUAUUUGUGUA